UUCUACCCACGAAGAUGCUAAAAAGUUAGAAAUCGGCCAUUUGGGAAACGUUUAUGAUAUUUACAAGCUGGCACUCGCAGGAAAACUAAAUGGGACGAUGAGAAGAACAUCUGCGAGGCCGCUGAAGGUGUGGCUCAUAUCGUAGCUCCAGGUCGAGGGCCGCUCCACCUCUUCCUCCCCCGCUGUCCUGUCCGGGAGAGCAGAGCACCUGUUUGUUCGUCUUUUCUUUUAAUAUUUUUUAUGCCCGGACGCAACCCGCCACCUUGUGAAUUCAUGAUCACAUGACCGUGGAUAUGGACGCAGUCCUGUCCGACUUUGUCCGUUCCACUGGAGCUGAACCGGGACUGGCCAGAGAUCUGCUAGAGGGCAAGAACUGGGAUUUCACUGCUGCCCUCAGUGACUUUGAGCAGCUGCGACAGGUGCAUGCUGGGAACCUGACGUAUUCGUUCACAGAAGAGCGGACGUAUCUGCCUCCUGAAAAAGAGAUGGCCAGGGUGGGACGGCCGAUACUCCACCGCCAAGAUGAGGUGGUGCAAGCUACGGAGAAGCGUCUGUCGAGGGGCAUUUCCCACGCCAGCUCCACCAUCGUCUCUCUGGCCCGCUCUCACGUCUCCAGCACCGGUGGCAGCAGCAGCGAGCCGCUUCUGGACACGCCUCUGUGCACGUUCCAACUGCCGGACCUCACCGUGUACCGGGACGACUUCCGCGGCUUCAUCGAGAGGGACCUCAUCGAGCAGUCUAUGAUGGUGGCCUUGGAGCACGCCGGGCGACUGAACUGGUGGACAAAAGUGGUCCCAAACUGUCAGAGUCUGCUGCCUCUGGCAACAAGUGGAGAUGGAAACUGCCUGUUACACGCCGCCUCGCUCGGUAUGUGGGGCUUUCACGACCGAGACUUGAUGCUGCGGAAGUCGCUGUACGCGCUGAUGGAUCACGGCCUGGAGAGGGAGGCACUGAAGCGCAGGUGGAGGUGGCAGCAGACCCAGCAGAACAAAGAGUCCGGUCUGGUGUACACGGAGGAGGAGUGGCAGAAAGAGUGGAAUGAACUGCUAAAGCUCGCCUCCAGUGAGCCCAGAAUACACUACAGCACCAACGGCACCAACGGGGCGGAGUCCUCGGAUGAGCCGGUUUAUGAGAGUUUAGAGGAGUUCCACGUCUUCGUCUUGGCUCACGUGCUCAGAAGGCCCAUCGUGGUGGUGGCUGACACCAUGCUGAGGGACUCAGGAGGAGAAGCCUUUGCUCCCAUCCCGUUCGGAGGCAUCUACCUACCACUGGAAGUGCCAGCUGCCAAGUGCCAUCGCUCUCCGCUGGUCCUGGCGUACGACCAGGCGCACUUCUCUGCCCUGGUCUCCAUGGAGCAGAAGGACAGCUCCAAAGAGCAAGCAGUUGUGAUCCCGCUCACUGACUCGGAGCACAAAAUGCUGCCUCUGCACUUCGCCGUGGACCCGGGGAAGGACUGGGAGUGGGGGAAGGACGACACCGACAACGUGAUGCUGGCGAGCGUUGCUCUGUCUUUGGAGGCCAAGCUCCAGAUGCUGCACAGCUACAUGACGGUCACCUGGCUGCCGCUGCCCUGCGAGCAAGCCCCUCUGGCCCAGCCCGAGUCUCCCACGGCGUCAGCAGGAGAGGACACCCGGACGCCUCCUGACUCAGGAGAGUCCGACAAGGAGUCGGUCAGCAGCAGCUCCAACGGCAACGGAGACACCACCACGGGAUCCACGGUCAACGGAAACGGGUCUUUGGCCAAGAACUGCUCCUCUUCCUCAUCCAGUUCGUCCAGCAGCGGAUCGGCAGGAACAGCAGGGAAGGACAAAACCAAGAAAGAGAAGGACAAAGAAAAAGACAAGAAGAGGGCAGACUCUGUGGCCAAUAAGCUGGGCAGCUUUGGCAAGAGCCUGGGCAGCAAGCUGAAGAAGAACGUGGGCGGACUGAUGACAGGAAAGAACGCUGGAGCUGCAGGUGCCAAGCAGGAGGGUGGGGAGAAGAAGAAGGGCUCGUUUAGGGGGAGGAAGGGCAGCAAGGACAGCUCGCCCUCAGCCCACGCCUCCGAGGAUUCUGGGAAAGGCUCCCCGUCCUCAGGUAGCGAGCGUCUCAAUGGAACAGGGAGCAGCAUGAGCAGCAGCGGUGGAAGCAGCACGGAGAGCGAGACCUACAAGUACAGCGCUGAUGUCAAAGUCAGCCUGGGCAUCCUGCGAGCCGCCAUGCAGGGUGAGAGGAAGUUCAUCUUCGCCAGCCUUCUCACCACCAGCAACCGGCAGCCCUUCCAGGAAGAGAUGAUCCAGCGGUACCUCGCCGACGCAGAGGAGCGCUUUCGGGCUGAGCAGGAACAACAGCGGCGUGAUGCGGAGAGGAAGGGCGUCACCAACGGCGUCCAGCCCCCCAAGAAGGAGGUGGUGGGUAUUACAGAGCUGAGUUACCGGCCCUACGAGGCCAAAGAGGAGCUGUCAGAGAACUCGUCACCUUCCUUCAACCAACUCAAGGCCACUCCCUUGAGCCCCUCCAUGUACUCUGGUGUGGUUCCCAUCCCGCGGCCCUCCUUCAUAGACCAGCCUCCUGCUGCACCGCCCAUGACCCAGCAUCUUCACAUGCACAGCUACUUGGAUACUCGGCGCCAGCUAGCCGGUGGCUCCCCAGCGACCUCGUACCCUGGCCUCCCCUCGUACGCCACCCUGCCCCGGCACAUCCCCACAGCACAGGGUCCCUCCCAUCCCCAGUACAGUAACUCGCAAGGCCCCUCCUCGCUGAGUCCCUCUCGUCUCGCGCCCUCGUACCCCCCGGAGUUCGACCCACCGGACUACCCCGGGGCUGAGACCGCCGGUGGGAACUACACCAACGGCUUCCGGGACAUGAGCUCCAACCUAGACUCUCGGAGCGGGCAGCCCCCGGUCAGACACUACUCGCUGGGCAGCGCUGGCGGUUUGGCCGGCCUGCAGUCCAGCCGCUGCCGGACACCCAGCUGCACCUACUACGGACACCCCGAGACGGGCAACUACUGCUCCUACUGUUACCGGGAAGAGUUGAAGAAGAGGGAGACAGAACCAGCCAUCCACAGGUUCUGAACGGACCUGGCCGUGGCUUGAAUUUGAUGAGUGGCCUUUUUCAGUUAAAAACAAUAGCGAGCGGAGCAGAUGAGCCUCUGAAAGGACCGGGGGAGGCAGCCGUCUCCCUCCUGUUCAGCUGUCGUUUCCUGUUGAGUGAUGAGAGAGUGGACUUCAGAGCAGACGGGCUGGUGCCGGCCUUCUGGCUCGACCCGAGAGCAAACUAUCUGCACUUCUGUUACGUUUUUGCUGUGGCUCUUAUGCAGGCGUUGUGUGUGUGUGUGUGUGUGUGUGUGUGUGUGUGUGUGUGUGUGUGUG